ACCGCACUUACGGCCUUUGCGUUUCACACACUCGAAGUGUUCGUGGAUAUCAGGAGGUGGAGUAUAUAGAGGAACACAGGGGCCUGUACAAGUACGUGAUGAUGGAGAAUCACCUGUCCCUCACAUCACUGGGUAAGAGGAGACUGUCAUGUAUUGUACAGGGGAGAGCAGAUGAGCCCAGUAACAGAGAUACCCCAGAGAGAUGUCCCCGUCCUCUGUAUACCCAGGAUUGUACAGAGGAGAACCACAGGAUCUCACAGGAGGAUCAGGGUGAACAUAUUUCUAAUAUAGAGGGAGAAGAAGAGACGUAUGUGACUGAUAUGAAGGCCGAAGAUAUAGAGGGAGAAGAAGAGACGUAUGUGACUGAUAUAAAGGCCAAAGAUAUAGACAAAGAAGAAGAGACGUAUGUGACUGAUAUGAAGGCAGAAGAUACAGAGGGAGAAGAAGAGACGUUUGUGACUGAUAUGAAGGCAGAAGAUAUAGAGGAAGAAGAAGAGACGUAUGUGACUGAUAUGAAGGCAGAAGAUAUAGAGAGAGCAGAAGAGACGUAUGUGACUGAUAUAAAGGCCGAACAUAUAGAGGGAGAAGAAGUGACGUAUGUGACUGAUAUGAAGGCAGAAGAUACAGAGGGAGAAGAAGAGACGUAUGUGACUGAUAUGAAGGCAGAAGAUAUAGAGGGAGAAGAAGAGAUGUAUGUGACUGAUAUGAAGGCCGAACAUAUAGAGGGAGAAGAAGAGACGUAUGUGACUGAUAUAAAGGCAGAAGAUAUAGAGGGAGAAGAAGAGAUGUAUGUGAGGGCUGAUCAGCAGUGUAAGGAGCAGGAAAUCCCUACAGAUUUCAGCACAGCAGGUGGAUGCAGCUACUGGAAUAUCUCGGAAGGACAUCUCAUUUUGACUCCAGAUUUUGACAUCACACAAAGUUCUCUUCUCCAAAAUAUACAGCCAGUAAUUCACAUUUCCACUAUAUCAUCUGAUGCAUAUAAUAAUAACUAUGACAAAAUUUGUUCUGAUACCUCUAAUAUUACUGCACAUAGUACAGCUCACACAGGUGCUAAAAUGUAUUCAUGCUUUGAGUGUGGGAAAUGUUUUACAAAGAAAUCACAUCUUGUUAUACAUCAGAGAAGUCACACAGGUGAGAGGCCAUUUCCAUGUUCUGAGUGUGGGAAAUGUUUUACAAAGAAAUCACAUCUUUUUAGACAUCAGAGAAGUCACACAGGUGAGAAACCGUUUGCAUGCUCUGAAUGUGGGAAAUGUUAUACAGAGAAAUCAUCUCUUCUUAUUCAUCAGGGAAGUCACGCAACUGAUAAAACAUAUACAUGUUCUGAGUGUGGCAAAGGUUUUACACAGAAAUCACAGCUUAGUAAACAUCAGAGACGUCACACAGGUGAGAAACCAUUUACAUGCUCUGAGUGUGGGAAAUGUUUUACACAGAAAUCACAUCUUUUUAGACAUCAGAGAAGUCACACAGGUGAGAAACCGUUUGCAUGCUCUGAAUGUGGGAAAUGGUUUUCACAAGAACAACAGCUUAUUUCCCAUCAAAGACGUCACACAGGUGAGAGACCAUUUACAUGCUCUGAAUGUGGGAAAUGUUUUAUUUACGAAUCACUUCUUGUUACACAUCAGAGAUGUCACACUGGUGAGAAACCAUUUUCAUGUCCUGAGUGUGGAAAAUGUUUUACACGGACAUCGCAUCUUAUUAGACAUCAGAGAUGUCACACUGGUGAGAGGCCAUUUUCGUGCUCUGACUGUGGAAAAUGUUUUACACGAAAAACCGCUCUUGUUGCACAUCAGAGAAUUCACACCGGUGAGAAACCAUUUCCGUGCUCUGAGUGUGGAAAAUGUUUUAAGAUGAAAGCAGAUCUUAUUACACAUCAGAAACGUCACAGCAGUGAGAAACCAUUUCUAUGUUUUGAGUGUGGGAAAUGUUUUAAACUGAAAUCAAAACUUGUUGCACAUGAGCGAAAUCACACUGGUGAGAAACCAUUUCUAUGUGCCGAGUGUGGGAAAUGUUUUACACUGAAAUCAGAACUUGUUGUACAUGAGAGAAGUCACACAGGUGAGAAACCAUUUCUAUGUCCUGAUUGUGGGAAAUGUUUUACACUGAAAUCAGGUCUUUUUGCACAUCAGAGAAGUCACACUGGUGAGAAACCGUUCCUAUGUCCUGAUUGUGGGAAAUGUUUUACACUGAAAUCAGGUCUUGUUGCACAUCAGAGAAGUCACAGUGGUGAGAAACCAUUUCUAUGUCUUGAGUGUGGGAAAUAUUUUGCAAAGAAAGCACGUCUUGUUAGACAUCGGAGAAGUCACACAGGUGAGAGGCCAUUUUCAUGCUCUGAGUGUGGGAAAUGUUUUACACGAAAAUCAGGUCUUGUUACACAUCAGAGAAUUCACACCGGUGAGAAACCAUUUCCAUGCUCUGAGUGUGGAAAAUGUUUUAAGCAGAAUUCAGAACUUGUUAGGCAUCAGAGAAAUCAUACAGGAGAGAGGCCAUUUAUGUGUUCCGAGUGUGGGAAAAGUUAUACUUUGAAAUCACAUCUUAUUAGACAUGAGGGACUUCACACCAGAGCAAAACCAUUUCUAUGUACUGAGACUGAGAGUGAGAGUGAGGAUACCUCUGAUGUGGAGAUUAUUACGUUACGCUUUAUUGUCCUGGUCUUCCUGGUGGUCCAGGAUAAGCUGAACCUCCCGUUUCAGAUGGUCCGUUCGAUCGCCAAGUUCAGUAAUAUCGGCCUUAAGAGAAGUAAUCGCUGUAUGCACUUCCACCUGCACCGCCUGGAUAGACUUCCUCGUCUCGGAAAAGCAUUUGAGGGGGAGUAUAUAGAGGAACACAGGGGUCUGUACAAGGACGUGAUGAUGGAGAAUCGCCGGCCCCUCACAUCACUGGAUGGGCCCAGUAACAGAGAUACCCCAGAGAGAUGUCCCCGUCCUCUGUAUUCCCAGGACUGUACAGAGGAGAAUCACAGGACCCCACAGGAGGAUCAGGGUGAACAUAUUUCUAAUAUGAAGGGAGAAGAAGAUACGUAUGUGACUGAUAUGAAGGCAGAAGAUACAGAGGGAGAAGAAGAGACGUAUGUGACUGAUAUGAAGGCAGAAGAUACAGAGGGAGAAGAAGAGACGUAUGUGACUGAUAUAAAGGCAGAAGAUAUAGAGGGAGAAGAAGAGACAUAUGUGACUGAUAUGAAAGCAGAAGAUAUAGAGGGAGAAGAAGAGACGUAUGUGACUGAUAUGAAGACAGAAGAUAUAGAGGGAGAAGAAGAGACGUAUGUGACUGAUAUGAAGGCAGAAGAUAUAGAGGGAGAAGAAGAGACGUAUGUGACUGAUAUGAAGGCAGAAGAUACAGAGGGAGAAGAAGAGACGUAUGUGACUGAUAUGAAGGCAGAAGAUAUAGAGGGAGAAGAAGAGACGUAUGUGACUGAUAUGAAGGCAGAAGAUACAGAGGGAGAAGAAGAGACGUAUGUGACUGAUAUGAAGGCAGAAGAUAUACAGGGAGAAGAAGAGACGUAUGUGACUGAUAUAAAGGCAGAAGAUACAGAGGGAGAAGAAGAGACGUAUGUGACUGAUAUGAAGGCAGAAGAUACAGAGGGAGAAGAAGAGACGUAUGUGACUGAUAUGAAGGCAGAAGAUAUAGAGGGAGAAGAAGAGACGUAUGUGACUGAUAUGAAGGCAGAAGAUAUAGAGGGAGAAGAAGAGACGUAUGUGACUGAUAUGAAGGCAGAAGAUACAGAGGGAGAAGAAGAGACAUAUGUGACUGAUAUGAAGGCAGAAGAUAUAGAGGGAGAAGAAGAGACGUAUGUGACUGAUAUAAAGACAGAAGAUAUAGAUGGAGAAGAAGAGACGUAUGUGACUGAUAUAAAGGCAGAAGAUAUAGAGGGAGAAGAAGAGACGUAUGUGACUGAUAUGAAGGCAGAAGAUAUAGAGGGAGAAGAAGAGACGUAUGUGACUGAUAUGAAGGCAGAAGAUACAGAGGGAGAAGAAGAGACGUAUGUGACUGAUAUGAAGGCAGAAGAUAUAGAGGGAGAAGAAGAGACGUAUGUGACUGAUAUGAAGGCAAAAGAUACAGAGGGAGAAGAAGAGACAUAUGUCAAUGGAAAUACAGUUAAAGACAUAAACAAAGAAGAAGAGAGAUAUAUGAAUAAUAUCAAGGUAAACAAUGAAGAUAAAGAAGAGAAGGUGUAUGGAAAUUAUAUUAAUGGAGAAGAGAUGAAUGUGACUAACAUUAAGACAGAAGAUAUAGAGGGAGAAGAAGAGACAUAUGUGACUGAUAUGAAGACAGAAGAUACAGAGGGAGAAGAAGAGACGUAUGUGAGGGGUGAUCAGCAGUGUAAUGAGGAGGAAAUCCCUAAAGAUAUCAGCACAGCAGGUGGAUGCAGCUACUGGAAUUGCUCGGAAGGACAUCUAAUUUUGACUCCAGAUUUUGACAUCACACAAAGUUUUCCUUUUCUCCAAAAUAUACAUCCAGUAAUUCACAUUUCCACUAUAUCAUCUGAUGCAUAUAAUAAUAACAAUGACAAAAUGUGGCCUGAUACCUUUGAUAUUGCUGCACAUAGUACAGCUCACACAGGUGAUAAAAUAUAUUCAUGCUCUGAUUGUGGGAAAUGUUUUACACAGAAAUCACAUAUUUUUAGACAUCAGAGAAGUCACACAGGUGAGAGGCCAUUUCCAUGUUCUGAGUGUGGGAAAUGUUUUACACAGAAAUCACAUCUUUUUAGACAUCAGAGAAGUCACACAGGUGAGAAACCGUUUGCAUGCUCUGAAUGUGGGAAAUGUUUUACAGAGAAAUCAUCUCUUCUUAUUCAUCAGGGAAGUCACGCAACUGAUAAAAGAUAUACAUGCUCUGAGUGUGGCAAAGGUUUUACACAGAAACCUCAGCUUAUUAAACAUCAGAGACGUCACAUAGGUGAGAAACCGUUUACAUGCUCUGAGUGUGGGAAAUGGUUUUCACAAGAACAACACCUUAUUUCCCAUCAAAGACGUCACACAGGUGAGAAACCAUUUACAUGCUCUGAAUGUGGGAAAUGUUUUAUAUACGAAUCACUUCUUGUUACACAUCAGAGAUGUCACACUGGUGAGAAACCAUUUUCAUGUUCUGAGUGUGGGAAAAGUUAUACACGGACAUCGCAUCUUAUUAGACAUCAGAGACAUCACACUGGUGAGAGGCCAUUUUCAUGCUCUGAGUGUGGGAAAUGUUUUACACGAAAAUCCACUCUUGUUGCACAUCAGAGAAUUCAUACCGGCGAGAAACCAUUUCCGUGCUCUGAGUGUGAAAAAUGUUUUAAGAUUAAAUCAGAUCUUAUUACACAUCAGAGACGUCACAAUGGUGAGAAACCAUUUCUAUGUCCUGAGUGUGGUAAAUGUUUUACACUGAAAUCAAAACUUGUUGCACAUGAGAGAAGUCACACUGGUGAGAAACCAUUUCUAUGUCCCGAGUGUGGGAAAUGUUUUACACUGAAAUCAGAACUGGUUGCACAUCAGAGAAGUCACACAGGUGAGAAACCAUUUCUAUGUCCUGAUUGUGGGAAAUGUUUUACACUGAAAUCAGGUCUUGUUGCACAUCAGAGAAGUCACACAGGUGAGAAACCAUUUCUAUGUCCUGAUUGUGGGAAAUGUUUUACACUGAAAUCAGGUCUUGUUAUACAUCAAAGAAGUCACACUAAUGAGAAACCAUUUCUAUGUCUUGAGUGUGGUAAAUGUUUUGCAAACAAAGCACGUCUUGUUAGACAUCAGAGAAGUCACACAGGUGAGAAGCCAUUUUCAUGCUCUGAGUGUGGGAAAUGUUUUACACGGAAAUCAGGUCUUGUUACACAUCAGAGAAUUCACACCGGUGAGAAACCAUUUCAAUGCUCUGACUGUGGAAAAUGUUUUACACAGAAAUCAGAACUUUUUAAGCAUCAGAGAAAACACACAGGAGAGAGGCCAUUUAUGUGUUCUGAGUGUGGAAAAUUUUAUACUUUGAAAUCACAUCUUAUUAGACAUGAGGGACUUCAUACCAGAGCAAAACCAUUUCCAUGUUCGGAGUGUGAGAAAUGGUAUUCACGGGAAGAACACCUUAUUCGCCACCAGAGAACUCACACAGGUGAGAAACCAUUUUCAUGUUCUGAGUGUGGGAAAUGUUUUACACACAAAUCAGAUCUUGUUAUACAUCAGAGAAAUCACCCAGAUUAAAAAUAAUUUCCCUAAGCUGAUAGACAUGCUGAGAUACAGUAAUAUUAAAACAAAUGAACAAGAUAAACAUCAGAAAAAGUCUUUCACCGCCUUAAUGAAGGAGAAUGAUUUCUGCUGGAAAGUGGGUUUUUAUAAGAAAAUGCACUUAAUCUGUGAACAAUGGCUACUUACAUGAUUUCUGGUUUCAUUGGAGUUCCAAUUGUUUGGGCCUUUGUAACCUAUUCUGACUAUAACAUCUAUUUCUGGUACAGUACCUGGAGUUUUACUGUUAUGGAUGCAAAGUUCCAUUAAUAUGCUUCAUGAUUGUGCAAAAAUACAGUUAGGGAGCUCCAGCACUAUUUUUGUGAGACCCCUAGAGCCGGUGAGUGGAUCUUCAGCCAAUAACAGCUGCUCCUCUUCCCAUAGAGCUGUGUGCACCUACCGGUACUUGAGAUGCCACCUGGACUUAAACCUCUAGCAGUGGGGGCUCACACAAUAGGCUGGAGACCACAGUGUAAUAACCUGGAGUGUAGCAUCUGGCAAGGCAAGAGUUAAAUGUAAGCAGUCUAGUCCCCAAUCGUAACUGCAGACAGACUUGACAAAAUAUGCUGACCUGAAGACUGCUGUACUGGAAAUGUAGAGAAUUAACACCAAGACAAUGAUUACUGGAGUCGUAAGGUGUUAGUUGCAGUGAACCAGCCAGGUUGAUGGUUAACUGCUGGAAACAAUCAGGUGCUGGGUGUGUACUGGGAUUUGAAGCAGAGUGCUAACAGCAUGAACCUAGCUGCAGGGAGACUUGCUGGAUGAACUGUCUGACUAGGCCACAGUCUGCAGUAAUAGACAUGAUACAGACACAGUGACUAAGCUACAACUUGAGUACAGGUUCAGACGUACUAAAAAUACUGUAGCUGCAGACUUGUGGCUACAGGCACUGCUGGGGUGAAUGUAAUUUGCUGUUGGCAACCACAGACACACAGGCUGGAUGUGCACAGAACCGGAGCUAGCACAUUCACAGAAACUUGACAGGAUCCUGGACAGUGGACCAAACACACCACAAUGACAGGUACAGAGCAGAAUCCAACAGGGCAUGGGUGCAGGACUGGCAGGGACAGCACACCUGAGGACUGAGGCAGGAUACAAGGAUAUGGGAACACAUUGGCAGGGAACCAGGACACAGGUACAGACGAGGACACUGGGAACUGUACAGGGAACAGCAAUUUCGUGACAAGCUCACUAGCAUCAGGAACUAGGGAAUAUCACCGGCAGGCAGGAACCGACUAGAAUCCCUAAUAAAAGGGAGACAGACCAAUCAUAGGAGUCAUCAGGCUGAGGUCAGGUAACACAUUUCCAAACUGGUGAGCUGCUGCAUGUAGCAGACAGCAUCCUAGUUGCUAGGAUACAGCCGGAAUACAAACAGGAAAGAGUCGCAGCAGUGACUCAUAACAACAGUCCAAACUUAAAGAACUUUUCAUGUUUAAAAAAAUUUAAUUCCAGGAAGAAUCAUUCUUCCACAUCAAGGCUAUAUAAGACCUUUGCUGAUAUUUAUCUGUGGAGUUGUGGCAGUGGAUUUUUAUGAGCUUUUUCAACAUUUAUUAUCAUUUACGUUUAUAUAUUUGACCACCUUUUGUUGAUUUAGAGAUACAGUAAUACCUUAUGGAGGGCAAUUCAAAUAUUCAUACAGUAUAUUAAGGUAGAAUUUAAGUAUUGUACAUGUUCAUAAAUGAACAUUUAAAAGGAAAAAAUUC